GUUGAUAGGUGUCAAUGUCAAUUUUACAAUCAAAACAAAUCAUUUUUAAAUUUCAAAUCCAAGAUUUUGAUUCUUUGCAAUUUUUAAGCUGCUUUCUUGAAUUUUUCAUCAAAAUGUUAUUGGACGAUUACUAUUGGCAUUACGAUUACGCCCGUUUAGCUUGGGAUACAGGAUUUUGCUUCGACAAGUAUAAAUAUCCAAAUUUGGACAAAAAUAAAAUUUGUUUAAUAGACAUUGAUCGCAUAAUAAAAGAAAGAGACGUCGCUUCAGUGGAAAGAAAUAUUCCCAUAGUUGUUCAGUACGUUUUGGAAAGUGAUCAAGCAAUAGUCCUAGACUCAAACUUUGUGAAACUCUUUCGCCUAAGUCAGUUAUCCGUAGAGUACUUAUUAUUUUGUAAAAAAUAUUUAGACAAAACUGUAGUUUUACUUAAAAAGGACGUAACAAAAUUAAAACAGGAAUUGAAAGAAUUAAAGCAUUAUAUAGAAGAACUAGAGUCUCAUAUUUCAUCAUCAAGAAAUUUAACAGCAAGGUUUUCUUGUGAAACAUGUUCGAAAAUGUUUUCUUCUGAAGAUUAUUUAAAUGCACAUGUAAAAAGAAGACACAGUUCACCAGAAAACAAAAAUAGUGUUGCACAUGUACAAACAGAAGCAGAAAAAUUGCAUUCUGAAAUAAAAGAACUAAAGGAAAGAUUGAAUAGUACUGAAAAAUUCAUACAGGAAAAACCAAGCCCAAGGGAGGUUGAAAAUUUCAAAGAAGUCAGUACAGAAACUGAAGGCAAAACUGCAAAAUUGGUGUGUGAGAUUCAGGAGAGCUUUGAAAAGUUCAGAAACCAAGUUGAGGACAAAAUGAAUAAUUUACAGACUGAAAAAAACUUCUUUACUGAUAAAUAUGAUAAAUUGUUUGAUGUGGUGCUCCACUACAAGAAUAAGGAGAAGGAGGAAGGUGAUCAAGACUCAAAAUGUGUGGAAAAGCCAGUUAUGGAAGUACCUAGGAUCGAAGAUAGCAGUACUCAAACAGAACAUGAAAAAACAGAAAAGAUUUUAAAAAUACAAACAUUUCAGCAUGAUAAUACUUACGAUGUUGCAGAAACUGUUAUGCCUGAGAAGGCUGUGGAAGAUAUAGACCAGAAACUUGAGAAGAAAUUGACUAAUUUUGAGGAAAACAUUGAAAGCAAGAUUUCAACUGGUUUGGGUAAUAUAGAGAACCAAAUCCAAGCAUUUUGGCAAAAACUUUCAGAAGUAGAUCUGCCAAACCAACAAGUUCCAGAUGUCUCAAAGAUAGUAGAUAAACAUGUACAACAAGAAGUUUCUAAUGAUUCUCCCACUCAAGAGGAAAUUAAACCUGUGGUUAAACCUAGAACUAAAUUUACAAUCACUGAAGACAAGCAAAUUCAAGAGGCAUCUGCAAAAAAGCUGAUUCAAGAUACAGUUACCAAGAAGCACAUCCAAGAUGAUGCAGAUAGAGAAAUUAGACCAAAGUCUUCCUUACAGCCAAAGUCUAAGCCUGAUUUGCAGCCUGCUGUUAUCAUUAAAUCAGCUGCUGUUCUUUAUGAAUCUAGUAGUGACUUGAGUGAAUCAGAAGAAGCUUCUUUAGAUGAAGAAUUAAUUGAGGCAAAAGAACAUAGAAUAGAUGACAAAUAUGCUUCCACGGAAGCCAAACCAAAACCAUUUCUGUCAAAAAUGGACCAUAAACUUACUCCUGUCAAACCACAGAUUGUUUCUAGUAAAUAUUUACCUCAUAAAAACCAGAAAGAUGAUGCCCUAGAAGAGAUUCGUCAGCAGUUGAUAAGCACUAUAGAUUGUAGUCUUCAAGAAAUGGGUAUUAGCCCCCAUUGGAAUGGGAUUCCACAAAAAACUUUUGAAAGGGCUCUAGAGAUUGUUCAACAUCAAGCAGCUGUCAGUAAAAAGAGUCUUCCACAGUAUGAUUCCUUAAGAAAGUCUAUUGAGAAAAUGCUGAAGAACAACAAAGAAUUGAAAGAAGCUGCAAAGAAAGUUAAAACCAUUAGAAAGGAGGAUUCUCCACAUAAGAGCAAAUCAAAACCAAAAACUAUCAAAAUUCAAAUUAAGAAAAAUGAAUUACCAAUAUCCAAUCCUUCUCCUGUGGUGACAAUAAAAAACCCAGCACUGUAUGAGACAGAAAGUGAAACUGACAUGAAGCCUUACCUCCCCAAGAGCUUUAAUCAAGAAAAAAAUGACCCAGACAGAAAAUCCCUUCAGGAGAAAGCUCAUAGUGCCGUUAUUGAGGAACUGCAGUCGAAAUUUUCACUAAAACUAGCAGAGACUGAUUCCGAUUUGAAUUCUAUCGAUGAUAAAGAUGUGCAGAAGGAAACCAAGAGUGCUAUGAAGAGUUUUUCGUCAGAGGGGUCCUUGGUGAAGAAAAAAGUGUUUUUUGAUGUGGAGAAUUUGGAUAGAGAGAAUGAGGUGAAAGCAAAAACUGAAUCAGAGUUGAAGACUGAGAAAAAACGGGAGGAUAGUAUUUCAGACUUUGAAAUUACUUAAAAAUUUGUGGGACAAGGUCUGAGAAAUCUUACUAAAACAAUUUUGACUGAUUUUGAAAGUAAUUUUCACAAAAUACACAAAAUAUAAACACAUUCAGAGAGCUGUCACAAACAUUUCAAAACUUCACGAACUGAUGAUUUUGUUUUUGCACUGCAGAUAGUUUACUUUUUUGCACAUAAUGAUGAAAUGUCAAAUGUUUCUGUCAUUUCAAUAUUUCCAAGUAAUUUUACAGAAUAUUUAUUUUAAGAUU